AUGUUCAUUUACCUUACUGGUCAUGGAUUAUCAACAGAACUAGCUAAAGAUCUUUCUGAUGUUGAACGUAAUUUUAAAAGUAAACUUUCUCAAUACAAGAAGUAUCCAAGUACUGAAUCUAAUUUUGGACGUCUUUACGAAAAUGAAGAAUUGCAAGGAGGUGAAAUCAUUGCAUAUAUUAAAUUUGCUAGCGUCAAAUUGUUUAUCGAGGAAUUCAUUGAAGUCUGUAGGCGAAACAGGUACGAAUUUAGAAAUAUUGGUAUUUUUGUGGAAGAACCACCACUCAAAUGUCGUCAUCUUAUCAUCUUGGUUGAUGCAUGUUUCACUGGGCAUUGGAUUACAUCACUCAAUGACGACUUCUCUUUAGUUUUUGUCGAAAACACCAAUAUAUCAAUAACAGUACAAAUAUCAACUGAUAGUGACACAUAUUUCUAUGGUUAUGUCUUCACUUCUUUAUGUGUUAAAUUACAAAAUCUUGAUCGAAUAGAAUUAAAUUGA